AUGACGCUCGAAGUCUGGCCUCACCUCUCCCCCGAGGAGCUGCACAUCAAAGCCGCCGAAUCCCUGGAACGCGAGCUGGAAUGGACAGUGCAGGAAACGAUAACGCUCUGCCACGAGCUCAAGCACGGCAUCGAAGACUGCUACGCGCUCCUCGCGCCCAUCGACCCCGGCAGCACCCUGGUCAUGAGCACGCACCGCAACGAAAAGGUCAAGGGGACAAUCACGCGCGUGGGAACACGCCUCGUCAAAGGCACACUCAGCCUGCAGCUGCGGACGCUCCCCGCGCAGCAGCUCGCCAUCUCGCCCCUCGAGCCCAUCCACGUGCCGCCCCUCGACGCCAUCUUCACCAACCUCACGCAGUCAAUCGACCUGCUGGGCCUGCUGCUGGGAAGCACGCCCGCCCCGACCGCGGACAACGUUGCCUCUGCGCUCGCCGCCCUGGCCGAGUGCCUGGCCGAGUCGGCCGGGCUGCUCAAGGGCCCGGCGUCGAGCGAGCCCGACCCGGCGUGGCAGACGGCGUCCUGCCCGGCCCACCACUUCUCGCCCGCCAUGCCGCCCAGCCUGAGCUUCUACGUCACGCUCCAGGAGAGCAGCAUCGUGCUGUGGCUGCGCGCCCUGGAGCCGGCCGGCGCGCCCGUCAAUUUCGGCGUCAAGCUGGGCCUGGCCAUUGGCACCGUCAGGAGGCUGGAGCACGACGAGAUGGACACCGUGUUCCGCUACUGUCCCGACGGCGACGGAAGCUGUGAGCCCAAGAGGGGGCCCGGCGCGGCCCGCACGAGCGGCAAGAGGGACAGGACGGAGAAUGUCUUUGUGCGGGAAAAGGUGAGGAUAGAAAGCGCCGACCCGAGCCUGAUAUCCUUGUAUUCCAAGCUGGGCUUCCUGAGCCACAUGCUGGGCCAGGCCCGGCAUAAUCUUGCCGCGGUCAUGGGUGUGGAGUUGGAUGCCUAG